AUGGCUAAACUAGCAAAACACCAAAGAAACGAAAAUAAUGCUAUUGUACGAAAUUGGAAUGCGCCUGAGGAUCCUUUUCGGGCUCAGACGGAAUAUACUCGCGCCUUGAAUGCAACAAAGUUGGAACGAGUUUUCGCUAAACCUUUUGUGGCUACUCUGGAUGGUCACGUGGAAGGUGUUCACAUUCUUGCAAAGCAUCCAAGUCGACCAUCUAUUGUUCUAUCAGGAGCUCGCGACGGUCAAGUGAAAGUAUGGGCAUUGGCAAGACGUCACUGUCUAGCAACAUUUCAAACCCAUUGUGGCCCGGUAAAUGGUAUUUCUGUUGAUACAGCGACUGGUGAUAGCUUUGUUACUGUUGGGCAAGAUUGUGCCAUUAAUCGCUGGAGGUUGCCACAAACUUCCAAGGAUGUCGGUGUGUCGCAUCUUGCAAAUUCUUCCCAUUUCGUCACAUGUGGUGAUGGAGUUACUGUUUGGAGUUCUCAAGGUACCACAAGGAUCCGUGAGUAUGACGUAGGUCAUGACACCGCUCAUGUAGUACGUGCAAAUCCAAUAGAAGAGGCAGUUCUCGUGGGUGCUAUGAGUGAUCGUUCCAUAUUCGUCAUUGAUACGCGCCAAGCUGUUGCGUUAAAAAAGGUGACAAUGAAGUUACGGCCAAAUAGGAUUUCGUGGAAUCCUUUAGAAGCGUACACAUUCUCGGUAGCAAGUGAUGACUAUAAUUUGUAUACGUUUGACAUGCGCUAUUUGGAUAGUCCUAAAUUUGUUCAUUCUGGACAUACGGCUGCCGUCAUUGACUUAGAUUACUCACCAACUGGUCAAGAAAUCGUGUCCGGAUCAUUUGAUCGAUCAGUGAGAAUAUUUCGUGCCAACGAAACAAGAAGCAGAGAUGUGUAUCACACAAAACGGAUGUCAAACGUAUUGUCUGUGUUGUGGUCUAUGGAUAACAAAUUUGUUCUUUCUGGUAGUAAUGAGAUGAACGUGCGUGUAUGGAAAGCCAAAGCAGCAGAAAAAAUUGGUCCGCUGGCUCCACGAGAGAAGGCAGCAUUUAUGUACAAUGAGAAGCUUCGCGAACAGUUCAAAGAACAUCCGGAAAUUCGAAGAAUAGCACGACAUAGGAAUGUACCGAGGAGUAUCUACCAUGCCACUCGUGAGCAUGCGGCUAUUCGAGCCUCACAAUCUCGUAAGGAAUUCAACCGUCGUCGUGCAGAGGGUGUUAAGGACGAAGAUGUGGAGUUUGUCCCGUUGGUCCGAAAGGCGAUGGUUAAAAGUAGUGCCGAGAUCUUAUAG